CCCGGCCCGGCCAUGAGCGCGGCCGCAUGAUGCGUCCCUGCCUCAGCCGCCGCAGUCGCCGCCGCCGCAGGCCGGGAGAAGCCGCAGCGCCGGGCGACCCCGCCCGGGCCUCGGAUCCUGUCACACGCGACACUAUGCACCUUAAGAUCCUGAAGAAAAGGCGCAAGAUAUUCAAGUAAUGUUUCAAGAUCGUCUGUGAGGGUGCGCGGGGAAAUCAUGCCGUCAUCAGGACACCGGCUCCGGGAUGUCGAGCAUCACCCUCUCCUGACCGAAAAUGACAGUUACGACUCUUCGUCCUCCUCGUCCUCGGAGGCCGAUGUGGCAGACAGGGUCUGGUUCAUCCGCGAUGGCUGCGGCAUGAUCUGUGCCGUCAUGACGUGGCUCCUGGUCGUCUACGCGGACUUUGUGGUGACAUUCGUCAUGCUGCUGCCUUCCAAAGACUUCUGGUACUCUGUGGUCAAUGGAGUCCUGUUUAACUGCCUAGCGGUGCUGGCCCUGUCGUCCCACCUGAGAACCAUGCUCACCGACCCUGGGGCAGUACCCAAAGGAAACGCGACGAAAGAGUACAUGGAGAGCUUGCAGCUGAAGCCGGGGGAGGUCAUCUACAAGUGCCCCAAGUGCUGCUGCAUCAAGCCCGAGCGCGCCCACCACUGCAGUAUUUGCAAAAGAUGUAUUCGGAAGAUGGACCAUCACUGCCCGUGGGUGAACAACUGUGUAGGAGAAAAGAAUCAGAGGUUUUUUGUGCUCUUCACGAUGUACAUAGCUCUGUCCUCCGUCCACGCUCUCAUCCUCUGUGGGCUCCAGUUCGUUUCCUGUGUCCGAGGGCAGUGGACUGAGUGCAGUGACUUCUCACCCCCCGUGACUGUAAUCCUGUUGGUCUUCCUGUGCCUUGAGAGUCUUCUGUUUUUCACUUUCACUGCAGUCAUGUUCGGCACCCAGAUCCACUCCAUAUGCAACGACGAAACGGAGAUCGAGAGGCUGAAGAGCGAGAAGCCGACGUGGGAGCGAAGGCUGCGAUGGGAGGGCAUGCGGUCUGUCUUCGGGGGGCCCCCCUCACUCCUCUGGAUGAACCCCUUUGUUGGCUUCCGGUUGGGGCGGCUGCAGACCAGACCCAGGAAGGGGGGCCCAGAGUUCUCGGUCUGAGGCCUCAUCGUGCCGGGACUUGUCACCAGACUUAAGUUAUUUCUCUGGGGUCUGAAAGGGUAUGAGCAGCUCCCCUGUGACCAUUAGGGCAGACGGAGCCUACAGAGACCGGUUGCUGGCAGCAAGCAGAGUUUUCUAGAUUUAGAGUCACACACCAGAUUUUUCCAGACCAGUGACGGGGUGACGCUCUGGCCAGUUUUUGCCUGUACGACUAACGGGAGGUACGUGGCCACGUGAAGAAGCCAAAUGUCAUUAUCUUCCUCACGGUUAGGGUUUUUGUUAAGAACACUUGGCAUUUUCUGAGAAGUCGCGUGGGCUGUUCCAUGGUGAUUAAAGUCCUGUGUACUAAGCUGCUUUUUUCAAUCAUGAAGAAAAAACAAAAGUCAAUCCAGUGACAGACUUCUCCAGCUAAAGGUUUCAGGGCGUUCCUGUCGACCCGGGGCUUCGUCAGUGCCCUCGCUCGAGCAAGAAGGGGCGCUUGCACAGAGACACACUGUGAUCUCAGUGAGCUCCGAUACUUUGCACUGAAUACGCAGAAGAUCUGGGCACCGAACCGCGGCGGUGGCUUCAGGUUCGCUCGCACUGCCCCAGAAGCGCGUGCUUGGACCCUUUCGGCAAGUUUGUGUGUGUGUGCGCGUGCGCAUGUCUGUGCGCGUGUGCGUGUGUGUGCGUGUGCGCUUCAGCACUGGCAGUGUUGUCUAGGGGACGUGACCGGUAAUAGCCGCGUGCAGCCAACAAGCUGUUUUUUAGAAGCCGACGUUUCAGGGAAGAGGAGAGAGCUGCCACGGGACCCUCGUCCCGCGGGCGUUACUAUGAAUGUAUUGCAUUUUGGAGAAUAUCUUGAUCCAAAGAACAAUCACUCGUGUGUGGUCCUUCGCUGCCCACCUGCUUUAACUUUAUUUUGAAGCUCUUGGGUGCGUGAGGACCUUGGAGCUGCCGUGGUUUUGUUCCAGCCACGUCAGCAGAGUACGGACGGCACCUCAGUGAAGGGAACAGUGAAGGCUCGGGCCGGCCUCACCCUUUGUGCCACCAGAUGUCGGUCUGGGUGCGGAGGAGGGCGGGCCUGGCCACGGGGACUCACAGAGCGGGGUGGGGGGGCCCUCUGGCCCUCGCUGAGCACAUGAGGGGACCCCAAGGCAGAGCCCCGGACUCUGAGCCUCACUCACCGUCCCAGAGUAUUCAGGAUGGCAACAGCUUUAUUUUUUGUAUCAUUUAUGUUUGUUUCUCUCCCACGUCACGAGCGAUAAAACAGGCCCUUCAGUGCAGAGCUGAAAAUGCUGUCAGAAAGCAAACAGCUCCCCUCCUUGGGGACUUGCCUUAAACUUGCCUGGUCUGCGGCUGUUCUGUGGGACCCAUGAGGACGCGAGCCGGGACGCGGUCCAGGGCGCUCCUACAGCCCCGCCUGCAGGCCCAGAAGAGUUGGUGUUUCAUUCCUGGCUCGGACGCCUUUCUGUUCAUCUGUGAACUGUUCCGUUUCUGUUUGGAAUUAAUCCAUAUCCUAUCCUAAUCAGGGCUUCUGCCGCUGCUGAUGCAGAUCCACAGGGGGACCUACCUGAGACACAGCUGUCGCCAGGCGAGCAAAGCUGGGGGACGUCUCGGCAACGGACCGAGUCUGCACACACGUGUGAGCCAUGGGGUAGGGCCGUGUCCCCACCAGAGGGACGGGCCCGAGGGGGCCAGACACGACGCGCGUCCAGAGGUCGUGUUGCGUGUUCAUUUGCACAUGUGUUGUCUGGGGUGGACGUGUAUGUCCGGCUUCAGUGUGAGGCUUUUAACAUGUAUACCUGUUUAUCAAUAAAAACAUGGUCGAAGUGGUUGAACCCGUGAGACUUGCAGGUGUGCAAA